AUGGAUAUCUUUCCAGUGAUCACAAUGCAUUUCAGUGGAGGUGCGGAUCUUGUUUUGGGUAAAAACAAUACGUAUAGGGCAUUUAGUGGAGAAGGUGCCAUUUGUCUGACUAUUGUAUGUGGUUGUCCGUUGGCGUUGGCACCAAAUCAAGCUAUUUUUGGUAACAAAGCACAGAACAACUUCUUGGUUGGUUAUGAUCCUUCUUCACGAUUGGUUUCUUUUAAACCCACCUCCGAUUGUGGAAACAUACCAAUAGACGACCACUCAGUUUCUGCAGCAUCGCUUUUUCAGUUUAACAUUAACUUUGUUUUAUUUCUUUUUGCCCUUUCAUUAACUAAUUAG